GUCCGGUUGCGCAACAGUCAUCUGGCCCGCUCUAGUUCGGUCCUAUCACCGCCUGUUUCGCUCUCCCCCGUCGUCUCCCCCCUCCUUCACUGAUAUCUGCAGAUCAUCUGCACGCACAUAUUGGUUUCCGUCGUGCAUAGUCCCUGCAGAGCCUUCCUCACCUUGUCACCGCAGUGUUGCUCCCCCAGUGGUCGACUGGCUGUGCACACUAGCCCGGUAGCAUCAUUGUCUGCAGCCGAAUCCUCUGCUUCCCUUUCAUCCUCUCCCUCACAACCGGGGUGUAACUAGGCUCGACAGGGAAGCGAAUAGCAGCCAUGGCGUCUAAUACAUUCCGCGAUUCAGUCAACUCCCUGGGCUGGUCUCGGAGAGACCCCGAUCUCCCGGCCCGCACCAACUCAUCGAACACCCCCAUCCUAUCACGGUUACAGUCUUGGAAUCCAUUUGGCCAAGGGGAGGGUUAUCUGCAACUGCCCACUCACGAAGCUCCAGGAGCUCCUCUUCCCGCCGCAAGUCGCCGGGAGGAGGAAGAUACUUUCUUUGCCUUAAGUCGAUGGGAUCGGAUGCUCAUCUUCAUUGCAUGCAACCUUGGCGCCGCCGUCUGUUUCCUUCUUUGCUUUUUCCUAUUCCCGGUGUUAUCGCUCAAGCCCCGCAAGUUUGCCAUCCUAUGGUCGGUUGGUUCCCUGCUCUUUCUCCUAUCAUGGGCGGUCCUCAUGGGACCCCUGGUCUACGCAAAACAUCUGGUCUCGGGACCACGCCUGCCCUUUACGGCGGCCUAUUUUGGCUCGAUCGCCAUGACCUUGUACUUUGCUAUCGGACUCCAUUCAACCCUCUUGACACUCGUGUCGUCACUGUUUCAGCUCGCUGCCCUGCUCUGGUACCUUGUCAGCUACUUCCCCAUGGGUAGCACUGGACUGCAAUUCAUGGGAAGAUUCGGUGCUCAGCGUGUCACUGCGUGGAUGACCAGCUGAUGCUGUCGACAUCUCCAUACAACCGGAGACCGGACUAUCUCGCCUUGCCCCUCUGACCGUGCAUACAAUGUAUAAUCAAUU